AAGUACGAGUCACCUAAUAUACUUAUCAACAGUCACAAUGGGAAACUCGUGGAAUAGGAGGGAACUCUGGAUGGCCAAACACCUUUGAUUCAGGUAACUUUGCGAAUGCAAAACCUCAGCAACAAACGUUGUUUGGUAGAACUGGCAACAAAGAGAUUAAUGGAGUUCAGUCUCAUGACUCGAGCAAUUUUAGAUCAUCCGAAGAUCCUCAUUUUCUUCGUAGAGCUUCUGCUGCUUGUGCUCGUUCUGAUUACUACUUCAAUGACCUCGCAGAGACUGAUUCAGCGGAUGACAUAUUCUUGUACAGGCUUCUGGAGUUUAACAUACUUGCUUUAAUGCAUGAGCUCCUUGCUUGAAGAUGAUGUCCUCCCACUGCAAUCUCUCUACAUUGGAAUGCCAUCUGAAAGCGGUUCAACGAACAAAAUGAUGGAAUUUCAGAGUAUGUCUUGUGAUACAGAUGGAGAGGGAAAUUUGAAGUGCUUCACUGAUCCCAACCUCUCUUGUUCACAAAGCUCAUAUAAUGAAUAUUCACAGGCAUCUAAACUUAGUUCUCGAAACAACUCAGGCCGCAGUAGCUGUCCAUCAGUAGAGGUACCGGAGACUAGGGACCGGGUUCCGUCUAACCAUGAAGAACAAAUGAAGACAAGGAAAUUAGAGGCUAAUGAUUUGUCGUCAAUUGAAGAAUCGGUGCUGAUGGGGCUUGAGAAUGUCCUAAACCAGUUGAGUGAUGAGACUCGAAUUUGCCUUCGAGAUUCCAUGUACCGACUUGCUGAACACUCAGAGCAGCAGACAUCAAAUAAUGCUAUGGAAGAUGAACCUUCAAUGCCUGAAACUAGUGAUGAGUGCUCAAGUUCAUUUCUUACAAAUGGCGGCUUCCAGAUCAAGAACAAUGGAGAUACCUGAAUCAGAAACCAAUGUAAUCGACAGAGCUGUAGCAUACAUGAUGUUUAACCAGGUGAAUGAAAAUUAACAAGAAUAUGUUCCUGCAUUAUCGCCUGAAUAUGUUCAUAAUGGCAUGAACUUUGCUGCAACAAGAGACUCUGAAUCUUCUGAUUUAUUAGCGCAAUGUGAAUCCUACCAGUCAGAUUUCGGUGUUGUUGAAAACACAUUCUAAAGUUUCGACAAAAGAUAAUGUAUAUAUACUUAUCUACUUAAUUUACUUAGGUCAUCAUGCAGGUGCACUGAAAUAGUUGCAUUUUUGCUGAAGUUUUGAUCAAUUGCUCAGUAUAUGAGCUAGUUAGUCAAAUAACUUGAGAGUGUUAGUUUUGCACAAUGUACUCUAGUUUUGUAUACAUUGGCUUUACACACGUCUUGAUAUGAAUAUGUGAUCUGGGAUCUACUUAUCCUCUAUAUUGAACUUCUGAUUCAUUUCU